CAGCUGGCGAACUGUUUUUAUGACUAUUCGCGCCAACAAAAGCCCAGUGCUCAGAAUUGAUAAUUGGGACCAAUUGGUGAGAAUUCGUUUUUCUUUUUCCCUCCAAUUGUAAAUUCUCUCGCCGGAAUCUUCAGCUUUCCCACCGGAACCACCUUCCAUUUCUUAAUCCCGACGCAAUUCCUCAAUUAUUUCCGAAUUUUAUAUUCAAAUUCCAGCUAUAAAGAGUCGUUUCGAGGUCUCCUUCGAUGUGUCUGUUGAAUUUGGGGAAAGGCCGGGAGAUGCUGGCGCAGGAGGAGGAGAAGAGGGUGGUGGUAGUCGGCGGAGGAGUCGGCGGCGCCUUCGUUGCCUACUCGCUUCAGUUCGUCGCCGAUGUCGUGCUCAUCGAUCAGAAGGAGUAUUUUGAGGUUUCAUGGGCAGGCUUGAGGUCAAUGGUGGAGCCUUCAUUUGCUGAAAGAUCCGUGAUUAAUCAUACUGAUUACCUUAGCAAUGCAAGAAUUAUUGCAUCUUCAGCCACAAAUAUCACAGACAAGGAAGUAAUUGUGUCAGAUGGCUCUUCAGUUCCCUAUGAUUAUCUUGUCAUUGCCACUGGUCACAAGGAAUCCGUUCCAAGAAGUAGAACUGAAAGGCUCAGUCAAUACCAAGAAGUAUUUGAGAAGAUAAAAUCUGCCAAUUCAAUUUUGAUCGUCGGAGGAGGUCCUACUGGUGUAGAACUCGCUGCUGAAAUUGCCGUGGACUUUCCAGGGAAAAAUUUGAAACUAAUACACCGGGGGUCAAGAUUAAUGGAAUUCAUUGGGUUUAAGGCUUCCCAAAAGGCACUUGAUUGGUUAACAUCAAAGAAAGUUGAAGUGAUCCUACAACAAUCUAUUUCAAUGCAAUCUUUAUCAGAUGGGGUGUACCAAACAUCGAGUGGCGAGACUAUUGCAGCCGAUUGCCAUUUUGUGUGUACUGGAAAACCAAUAGGAUCGUCAUGGCUGAAACAAACUAUCUUGAAGAAUAGCUUGGACAUCCAUGGAAGACUGAUGGUCGACGAGCACAUGCGGGUCAGGGGUUUUAAGAAUGUCUUUGCAGUGGGAGAUAUCACAGAUGUUCAGGAAAUGAAACAAGGUUAUUUAGCAGAAAGACAUGCUCAAGUAACUUCAAAGAACGUGAAACUGCUGUUAAUGGGUGGAAAAGAGAGCGGGAUGGCUUCAUACAAACCCGGUUCUAAAAUCGCAAUUGUUUCGCUUGGAAGGAAAGAGGGAGUUGCACAACUUCCUUUCGUUACACUUAGCGGACGCAUACCUGGAUUGGUCAAAUCUGGAGACUUGUUUGUGGGAAAGACAAGAAAACAACUUGGAUUGGUGCCUUGACGUUGCGUCGAGCAUGCGCUCGAGCUGAACCAUCCGGUCCUUGCUUGGUCUUGCUUGCAUUUGUAUGUAUUUGGCUGUCAUUUUUAUCUCACUCUCUUCCCUGGCCUGGCUCUACAAAACCACCUGCUGUAUAUGGUCACCAAAAUUGCUGUAUAAUAUGCACACUCUGAUUCUUUUUUCAUAGGGAUUGGGCAUAGUUCAUCUCCAUUGUAUUGUUUCCUUUUCACUACAUUAUUUAGGCAAGAGGGAAACUCCAUAAAGAAGACUUGGAAGAUACUAUCUGAUGUGUGAUGUGAGAUAUCUUAAAAGACCUGCAAGUUAGAAUUCUAUUAGUUUAAAUAUUAUUUUGCAUUAUGUAAUCUCGAUUUUUGUUCA